CACAACGCCACCGCUCCCCUUAUUUUCGUUGCAUUGUAAAAAGUACAGUUUCCCUUCUCUAGCGUGACUCUACUCUAGCCAUUGUGAAAGCAGUUGUGAAAUGUUUCUGUUGUAAAUGGUUUCUGUUCUCCAACGUGAGUGUAGAUUGUGUAUUGUGUAGAUGUUCUCCGCGUCGUCCACCUAUUCCAUUCUCUUGAGUCUGUGCUGAAAACACGUGUAUGCGUCACCACGGUGCAGAACCUUUUCAAAGUGAGGUAAAGUUUGGACAUUCAGUCGAUUCAGUUGUGUUGUUUGGUGGCAGGGGCCGCAACGGUUUCGUCGCCUGCGGGGAAGGACGCCCCGAACAGGAGACGUGAUGUGCCGACGCGCAAGUCCGUUGCUUGUGUCGCCUACUGUUUUGUGGCGCGAAUAAUGGUGAUGGUCAUGGAGUCGGGCGGAUCGUCAGAGGCGCCUGUGAUCUUCUCGGAGGACUCGCCGAGUGCCGACGAGGCAGCCUUCUCGGAACCGCAGACGGUGAGCGUUAGUGUGACGGACCACUUGCCAAACGUCCUUCUGGCCACCUCGCAAGGCAUCAUUACAUCCGAGCAACUUCAGCAGGCAGGCAUCAAGGCCACGCAUAUCGUCAUCCACGAUCAGAGUGCGCUGGACGUGUUCAAAACAGCACAGGCAUCACUGGCAGCCCAGUCACCUGGUGAGGAUGGGUCAGGAACGGCCCAGAAAUUCAAGUACAACUGGGAUGAAUCUGUCCACGACCCGGAACUGUUAGUGCGCUGCCGCAAUGUGUGCGGUCACCUCCACAAGAAUAAAUUUGGCUCAGGAGGCAGGGGCCGCUGCAUUAAGUCUGGCAGCCGAUGGUACACACCAUCGGAGUUUGAAGCCCUAUGCGGACGGGCGAAUAGCAAGGACUGGAAGCGCAGCAUUCGAUAUGCAGGACGCACCCUCCUGUGCCUUAUUGAGGAUGGAAUCUUGAUGCCACAUGCCACAUCCUGCACGUGUGCUGCCUGCUGUGAUGACAUGGUCGUGAGUGGGCCAGUUCGUCUUUACACACCUUACAAGAGGAAAAGAAGAGAAGAGGCCCUUACAGCUGGAAGGUCAUCUGAUGAGCCACCUGAGAAGUUGCCAGCUUUAGCUCCGAAGCCUGUACCAUCCAAACCAAAUGACUGUGGCCCAGCUGUGGAAACAGCAGUUGGGAAUUGCCGCCUGGCACCCGUACCAUCAGACUUCACAGAGCAGCGACAGUGGUGGCAGCUUGAAGAAAUGGUAAAGAACCUCGCCAAGCAAGUGCAAGAGCUUCAAAAGCAAGUAGACAUAGUGAAAUCACAAAGCAUCACAGCUAAAGAAGCAGCAGUUCAGCAACUUAGAAUGCAACUUCACAAUGAAAAAAAGGAGGCCAUGAACAAUACUUGGAUGGAGGCACAGCUGAGCGUCUCAAGGAGUUCAACAGGAGCUCACACUCAGAAGGAAAUAUCCCAGGCUAACAUCCAAGUUUCUGGUGCUGCCGAGAAAGACCCUAUACAAAAGAUAUGUGCUAACUGCAACAGGGAAGCCUUGUUGGAAUGCACGGGUUGCCAUCGGGUCAGCUACUGCAGCUCGUUCUGUCAGCGCAAGGACUGGAACGCCCACCAGCAGGGCUGUUCCCAAGAGGUGGCUGGGGAACCUGGCACUCUGGAUCAGGGACAAGCCGGCUCGCUUUAGUUUAUGGCUACUGUCAAUGGCUACCAAUUAGCAUAGCAAAUGCAAAUGACUGAUGCAAUCAGUGCCAGUUCGUGACAUAAUGAAAUACAUUUUAUGUGCAAAUGUUUCUUUGUGGUGACCGCAGACCGCGUUCGUAUUUGCAGUGAGAAUAGUUGCUCUCUACCAUACUUAGAACAUGUCAGCUCGUGGCCUAUGAGCCUUUCAUAAUGAGUGGGACUGUACAUAAUAUCGAUCAUUGUGUACAUAUCAUUAGAAUUUGACGGUGGCUUGUUAGUAUGGCAUCGUUCUUUUGCUGUAUUAUAUACACCAGGAGAAAAUGAGAAGACAGGACCAGCAGUGGGACAGGUGCAUCAUUUUGGCCACUGUGUGCUAAGCUUUACCUCUACCAAACCAUCUCUGUUGCAUCAAACUUGUUUAUCAGCAUUAGCUACAAGUUGUAACAGCCAUCAAGCCAAAAAACGUGGCUGAAACAUUGUCCGAGAGCACUUUGAUUUGGGCGAGUGGGUACAUAAUUAGAUAGGCUUCAGCACAAUUUAGAUGACGACCGUACUUGAACACGCCUUUUUAUGCGCCAAAAUUUGCCAUAUUAACCUAUACACAGAAAAGCAAGGUAACAGAUGGUAUAAACGGAAUCAAAGAUCUAUAAGCAAAAGAAAAAAAAAUACAAAAGCUUACCGCGAGACCAAAUAUCGAAGAUAAAGCACACUUAUAUCACACUAGGCAAACUGAACUUCGAAACCAAGACAGAACGCGAUUUAUGCUCCAAAAACGGCACCUUCAAAAUAAAAGCCGACCAAGAUAAGUAAAGAUAGUGUCUAAAAGUAAAAGCAAUAAAAAACGCGAAAAGCACAUGAGAAUAAAACAACAAUACAUAACAACUUAGAGAACAGAUAUCGGCGUCAGUUACUAAAAACACCUUCUUGCGCUCCUGGUAGACCCGCGCUAUACAUAACCAAAAGCAUGCAGAAGCAAUAAAAAGAUGCCCAGGAAUGGACCAAGGUAAAUCAAAACAACACCUCCCCAGGGUGUCAAAGCACGCUUUACUUAGAAAAGGAAUCGUUAUAUUUUUUUCUUUUUGCUUAUACUAGAUCUUGGGUUCCGUUUAUAUCGUCUUUUAUCUUGCUCUUCUGUGUAUAGAAUAAUACAGGCAGGUUUUGGCGCUUGAAAAGGCUUGUUCAAGUGGAAAUAAACUCAGUUGUAAGUCAGUGCUCGUUUGUGUUCUGUGUGUCUCCUAUAGUCUUCAUCUAAAUCGCGCUGAAGCCUAUCCAAUGAAACAUAGUGCUUUAAGUUUUACCAACAUGAUUGUAGUUUAGGUUUCAUCAAGGCUGUGCACUCUCGAGCAGCAGCUGUCCAUUUUAAUUCUAAGGGCGCAGUUUCUAUCUCGGCAGGCAUUAGUGCGAAUGGAUGAUGAACCCUUCUACAUGCAGCACUUUCACCACGAAGAGACUGUGAAAAGAGCAUCUCUCCCUGGUGUGGCCACAUUGUCUUACACUAAAUUGUUCUGUAGUGUUCCGUGAUAUCGGAUCCAGUAGAUUUAGCUGCCAGCCUUUACAUAACAUUGCAAUUUGUUGCUAUCGCCUUAAUGGUGUAGUGAGGAAGAGGAGGACAACUAGUUUCUGCGGUUGUUACAGUGCUUGCGGCGAGAUCUUCGUUUCUGUCAGGCCGGCUCUACUCUGACUUCCUAUUUGUCACUGCAUUCACAAUGAAUCGUCAUAUGACAAAUGCUUCGCUCUGGGGUGAAACUGAUUUUUAUAUAACUUGGUGGCAGCUUCAUAAAAGAAAAAAAACUAUGAUGGUAACAGUGCUCAAAAGAACCGGCUGUGGUGUCCAGUUUCCAAACAGCCUCGCCCCUCGGCCCGCAUCAUUAAAAAAACCCUCGGGCCGCACCAUUAACAUAUAGCAGGCAAUUCUAGUUAGAAAAGAAAAGACAGGUACACUGGACUGCUCAUCAAGUGCAUGUGCAUAGUCUCGUUCAUUUCACCAUCGUGCUGCGUUAUAGGGCACUUAUCGACUCCGCGGUUGAUGUUCAUGCGUUCACAUUUUAAAAAAUGGGUGGCUGCUCAUAGCUAAAAAAUGCAGUUUCACUGCAAGGGUAUUGCAAUGAAUGGAACUUAUUUGUCAGUUUUUCUAAAGUUUUGUUCAGUAUUUCUUUAUGGCUGUACUCCUGAAGAACCUCCCUCUUCAUGGCUGCCUCAUAGUAAUUGCUGUGGUUUAAUAUCCCAAAACCACCAUAUGAUUAUCAGAGAUGCCAUAGUAGAGGGCUUCGGAAAUUUUGGCCAUUGGUGGUUUUCAAGUCUAGGUUUAUAGGUGCCUCCUCACCUUCUUCUUAAAGGAGUAAUCAAUGUGGGUGUGAUGUAAGGACUGGUAUUUAAGCUAGUUGGUUUAAUGGAGGGGGGGGGGGGGGUAUGGAUUGACAGAAUAGCUUGCCCGACAAAGCUGCAUGCAGUGAUGGCCUUCACGAUAUCCACCUAUCAGUUUCACAAGUAUGCUCAAACACUACACCACUUUUGUUGCGCGUAAACUCACAAAUCAUUCUGUAAAAUAGGUCUUGAUUUGUAAGCUGUUCUUCCUACUGAAUGCAGCAUUUAUUGUGGCUAAAUUAAAAUUGGAGUGCUUGCUUUGGAGCCCGAGAUCAAUGUUUUUAAUGCCCAGAAUUUCAUGUGCAGUCAUGUCUUUUUUUUUUGUACCCCUUUUUAUGCAUCUGCAUACGUAUGUAUUGUCAUGUGCAUAAACUGAAAAACUACUA